GCAGUUGAUGAAGACGCGAGUUACGUCUAGAUCGAGCUCCGAUCAUACGAUCGAGGUGAUGAGAGUUGGCAACCUAGUUGGGAUUUUGUGCAAAGUGCAAUUGAUUUUUUCUUGAUCAUUUGGUGGUGAUUGACCAUUCUGUGAAGGUGUUACGCAGUGUGGGGAGUAAUUCUCGAUUUAUCGCAUUGUGGGAUUACCAUUAUCAAGUGUUUGAACAAAAAAUGAUAUGAUUAAUAGGGUAAUCUACUGAACGUGCGUAUCAGUGAGAAAAAAAAACGAGUUAAUUGAUACGUUAUUUUUAUUUAUGGUGAUACUUUUUUUCCCAUGUGUCGGGCCUCCACUUUGGUGGGAAAAUUUUAAACGAGCAUUUUGGUGCGCUGAGAGCGUACGUCAGGGCGAGAGUGAGCGACAUUACAUGGCAAGUUUGAAUUGUGCUAAACUGAGCUGAAGCGGCUGUAGCUGAGCGUGAUUGUUGGGUUGACGAUGGGAGGAAGCUGUUUGGUGCUUUCAUAUAUCUGCCGUUCGCACAAUACAGCUGAAAAAGGCAACUUGUCAGGUCGGUUGUUUAUGCGGCAAAUGAGCAAAGAAUCCAAGUGAUACAGACAGCAGCUAUCGAGCAAAAAAAAAUCCUCAGCGGUCAAUUGAAUCGGAGGUAAACCGCUUAGCUUUUGGAUCGGUCGAGAGACCGCCAAUGGGGAAGAGAGAAUCGAAUCGAAAGCUGAAACGAUAAAAAACGAUAUACGCUGGCUGGUUGCUUGCCGUCCGACCGACUGAUGGGAAAACAUCAACUCAAUGGAGAAUGGAGACGGUCGGAGAAGUGUGAAUCAAAUAAAUGAUCAAAUGAGAAGAAAAGUAUAAGUUGAGAAAAAGAUAAAAUUGCUGGCUCAGUUGUAUCCGAGAAGUCUAGUGCAGCACAACAUACAAAACCAGCGGCAAUUCCGAGCCAAUCAGGCAGUGUUAACUGGAGUGCAAUACUUAACACUUAAUCGUAUAAGAAGGAAUAUAUACGGUAUAUACGUAUACGCAUCACACUUUUCAUAGAGCGGUCGUUUAUCGUCUGAGAGUACACACAUCAUAAACAUCAGAAGUUAAUUGAAGUUUUCCAUUUGAACAACGACCAAACAGCAUACUAUCAACAAUAAAGUGCUGCUAAUAAAUAACUGGUUUAAUUUCUGCUCUGCUUACCAUUUUUUGCGCAUAUUGCUGAACAGCUCAAGUACUUAAGAGAGAAGCGUGACCGCGUACUGAUGGACGUUACAGAAAUUAAUAAAUUAAAAAAAGCAAAUGGUCUCGAUUGGUGUUGUUAGCGGUGCAAUUCUACACCAUCCAGCAUAAAGUGCAAACUGAGAGGUGACUGUUGGAAGAUUGCAGCAAUCGAUUUCCGAUCGCACAGUGAGUUGCAGUGAGCAAGAGAGAGAGAGAGGAAAAACAUUUAUAAAUUAAAGUUCAUAUCCGCCUGUGGAUAUAGUGUGCAUCUGAGUCGGCAACCAUCAAUUGUAGUGAGAGAAAAUAAACCCGGCCUCGUAAAAUAUCAAAUUUAUCGAUAUCGUCCCAUGCGUACGGCCAUAAAGGGGAAAAAAGUGCCCAACUAAAGAAGUAGAUACAGAAAAGCGGUCCAUUCAUCAACCAUACGCGAGAGAAGGAAAAGAGCAAGUGACGGAAAUAUUUUAAAAACCUGUGCAAUACUAUUCGAAUACUCGCACAGGAUAAGUUUUCGAAGAGACUACCAUAAGUAGUUUCCAACUGUAGACAGGAAAUUGAGUGUUACCUUCUGCAGUGUUUACAAGUUUGGAUCGUUGAUAGUUUUGUGCGAUCGAUCAGAAUGACGGUGAUCAAGUAGUGAAGAAUAUAUUGAUAACUGAUAGAAUUUUGCCACCUAAAUUCGACUGGAAAUAACAAAACUUGAUUGUUGUUAUAUUGUUUGCUGAAAAAUAAUCACAAACUGUGCUAACCAUUGGUCAUCGGAAAACAUAACUAGAGCGGCUAGUUACUUAACUCAUCAUCAGCUGUAAACCGGCAGCGUACUUAGAACUACUUUUAGUUCUUCCAACAUUUUCGUUGAAUAUUUCUUCAGGGAUAAAAUAAUCAAAUAUGUGUUCCCGCAAUCUAGCGAUUUCGUUGGCGCUGAUUAUCGCACUGGUCCCACUGGCAGCCGUCGCGUUACCGCAUCACAACGUCUCGAAGCGGAGCCUAUUCUUCGAACUAGAGUGUAAGGGUACCUUCAACAAGCAAAUCUUUUACCGGCUGGAUCGGAUAUGCGAAGAUUGCUACUCCUUGUUCCGGGAACCACAGAUUCUGUCCUUCUGCAAAAAACAGUGCUUCACUUCGGACUAUUUCCGCGGUUGCAUAGACGCUUUGCAGCUGACAGAUGAACUCGAGCAAAUCAAACAGAAUAUCCGGAUACUGAACGGAGUUGACCCCAACAUUUCUUAAUUACGCUAAGGCAUCUGGAAGAUAAACCGCACAAAAACGAACAAAACUGUUCCGUUCUAGGUCGGAAAACAAUAAUCUACAAGUGAUCUACAAUUUGCCUCGGAGAAAUCACACUACCAAGUAGCUUGAUUUCAUUCGAAAAGGAAACAACGGAAGUUCGCCAAAAUGCUUAAAACACAUCAUUCAGUAUCAGAAAUAUCAGCAACAAAUUAAUAGAGAAAACGGCAAACCGCUGUACUUCGUCCCAAAUAAUCAAGUGGGAUAGAUCGCUCCGGCGUUCAAAUUUCAACGAAGCUUAAAAUUACCAUCACAAGUCACCCCCCAUUAGGAACACCUCUAGCAACGAGACGAAUAUCAACUGUACAUAUUCCAGUGACUAGUUCUUGUGCAAUUUCAUUCUGAACAACAAACGGCGUAAGGUGCAGAUACAUUUAGAUAGAGUAACAACAAUAUGGAUCGCAACGGUCCAAAUAAGCGGUCAGUGUAGCGGAGAAGCACUGGAAGGAUAUUAUUUCUUUUGUUGUUUCGUUUUUCUUCUGUUCAAAAACUGUGGGCAGAGUGCUUUACUACGGAUUACUUCUCGGCCUGCGUGGAAGCCCUGUUUCUCGAGGAGGAAAACGAAAAGUUUGUUAAAUGGCGCGAAGUGUUAGGAAAGAAAUAAAAUUCCAAUGGUGUUUGAUCUGCGGCUGUAAUUUUUUAGUUCUUACUAUCAAAAACACAAACUGAUAUUACGGAAUAGGAGAUAUAUAGACGAUGGGCAGCUAGUUUCAUUUUGUAUCGUUUGCACGCUGCUGGUGUUCGCGCCAGCUCUUUUCAAAAGCGGCGGUCUAGUGUGACUGAAAAAUAGUUCGUUCAGGAGUUAAAUAUGUGUACAUAAUUAUUUGAUAAACCGAUAUUUAUUUAUGCUUAUUUUACUAUAGUUUACAAGUUGGAAUACACAACAGUUAGGGCAGCGUUUAGUAGAGUAUUUGUUGUUUGUUUGGUACAACAAACCUAGGGAUUUUCCACACUGAUGUAGGCGGGAAAAUUUGAAACACAAUGUGUCACAAUUCAAAGUGUUUGUAAACGGGGGAAGGUAUCGAUGGCUAUCACACGAGUAAAAAGCCAUGCUUCUUAGCUAUCGUUACGUUCCCCAGGAAAUUUACCUUUUGACAACGAUUUGAACAAUAGGAGGAGAUAUCUCAUAAACACUGUAUUUAUAUUUUCAAAAAAUAUAUUUCUUUUUAAAAUCUAGUCCAGAAGCCGUUUAGAUUUAUGUUUAGUUAUUUAUAAUAAAUGAGAUCAGUGAAAAUAAAUGUAACCUAAGUGUUUUGUAUUUUAAAUUUUCUAGAGUAAUUAGUUGUUAUGAGUUGGAAAUAGAGACAGAAGGAAAUACAAUUUGCAUCGACGUCUCUCGAUAAGCUGUUGAAAGUUGGUUAAACCGACAGAAGAUAGCAGAAUGCUUUCCUAGAACGGCAGUUGAUAAAAAUCAAUUCUUGAAACUUUGCGAAGAUCGACCAAAUCCAGCGAUAUGAAUCUCGAUGGAAGAACAUACAAACGAUCAAUAUCGAAAUAACCGAAUCGCGCUGAUUAUACGAUGUGUCAAGGAAAUUGUACAUUAUCACAUUCCUAAUUAGACAGUAUUUUCUCUCUCAUUGACAUAAAAUAAAGAAAUAAAUAAAAUAGUUGAAAAUGGCAUUCUAUCAAUACCCGACAUCAAGUUUAGUUUCGACUUGUAAAGGCACCAUGAAGCAAUAUCAAAUCCUUUCGAACCAGAAACCCCAAUCUAAAUUUCUCCAAAACAAACUUAAAAUAGGAAAGCUUGAGCAGCUGUAAACUACCAUUGUCAUUAUUAUCUCUUAAACAUGUCUCUAUGCACCCUAUCAAACGAGUUAAAAAUUUCAAGUUCCUUGCAAUCGUAUUUUUUUGUUUUCUAUAUUAUGUUUUAUCUUUCCUAAUGUUCAUUAUUGUACUAUUAUGUAUAUUUAUUUGACUAGAUCGAUAGCCACGCUACUAUUGCAUAUACGAGCUGGGAAAACUGGAAUGAGUGUGAGUUAUGCGAAGCUAUAAUCAUUGUAGGUUUGGCAUGUUGAGAAAUAUUAUUUCUAUGUGUAUUAAAAUUCAUAUCUAAACAAGUGCUUUUCGUUGAUUGCCAUUUUAUUAAAAUACGGCUUUGUUUUGUACAUUACCCAAAUGUCAGUACGAAUUAUAAGCUUAUUUAUAAUGCACGUAUCUGAGAAAAUGCCUAAUUAAGUAAAAAAAAUGUAACAUGACAACCUGAUAUUAUUGAUAUGCUUUAUUUUAACGAAAAUACGGAGAAAUAAAAAAAGUCUAUCAACGAUA